AUGUCGCAGAUUCAGUACAAGUUUCGCUCGGCAAAGGACUAUUCGUCUAUUGUCUUUGAUGGGCUUUCAACGUCGGUGCUCGAUUUGAAGCAAGAGAUCAUGCGUGAGCAAAAGCUCGAGCCCGAGGAGUUUGAGCUGGUUAUUACCAACGAGCAGACUGGUGAAGACUACAAGGACGACAUGGCGCUGGUCCCCAAAAACACCAUGGUUCUGGUUCGUCGCAUGCCCUACACUGGGCCAAAGAUGGGACGCAUGGGCGGCGGAGGCCACCAGCAACAGCAGUCGUCUGGGUAUUCAGGAAACUCGUUUAAUGGUGGCUACCACCAGCGCAACCACAACACAAACGCAAACGGUCAAGCCAAUCAGUACGGAUACCGCGCGAACCAAGGCGCAGGAGUUCGGACGCAAAGGGAUGGCGCAUUUGAUCAGGAUACGCACAGCGCUGGCAACCCAGAUACCGACGCUUCUUUUGGUGUCGAGGACGCUGGAAUUUCGGCUAUGCUUCAGCAGAGCAACGAUCAGUGGAUGCACCAGCAGUCUAUCAUGGAAAUGCAAAGGCCCGUUUAUCAGCAGCGUCCAGGGGGAUUCAGGCCGAGACCGCACGCGAUGCGCCCCGAGCACCAGGGCCCACCGCCGCCCGGCUAUGUCUGCUAUCGUUGCGGAAUGCAAGGCCACUGGAUCUACAGCUGCCCUUCGAUCGGCCAGGCGAACGAUGGAACGGGAAGAUCAUCGGGUCACCGCAUCAAGCGCACGACGGGCAUUCCAAAGUCGUUCCUGCAAAAGGUCGACAACAUCAACGAAGUGGGGAACGCGCUUGUCACCAGCGACGGCACCCUCGUGGUGGCCACUGCCAACGAGGCGGCGUGGAACUCGGCCCAGCGGCUGGCACGCAAUACCAUCUUGGGAGACGAUGCCAUCGAUCCCAGCCUGGUGCCGGACUCACUCAAGUGCAACAUCUGCCACAGUCUGGCUCGUGACGCGGUAACCACACCGUGCUGCAAAACGGCGUUUUGCUCGACAUGUAUCGAAAGAGAGCUGCUGGAGAUCGGAGACAUGCGCUUUACCUGCCCAGCCUGCCACGCCAGAGAUACCGUCCCCGACCAGCUCGAGGUGGCGGUCGAGGUACGCGGCAAGGUCGAUGAGUUUCUGCACGAAUACUCGGCCAAACAGAUCGGUGACAAUGGCGGUACCGGUGACAAUGCAAAUAACGGAACAAGCGUCGUCAGUGACUCGGCAGCACCCAAAGCAAAUAUAGUCGUGAGCCCGAAUGUGAGCUCAGCUGGCGAGACUGGCGCGUCAGCCACACCAGCUACCACUGCUGUCGUGCGCCCGCCAGCUCAGGUGCAGCCUCGCCCUCGCAACUACAACUUCAACCCCAACAUGGGGAUGAUGCCUCCGGGCAUGAUGAUGGGCAUGGGCUCCGGGUUCCCAGGCAUGGGGAUGCCGCCGAUGGGCAUGGGGCAGAUGCCCGGUUUUAUGCCUCCGGGCAUGAUGCCACCGCCUGGCAUGAUGCCGCCUCCCGGAGUGAUGCCCGGCCAGUGGAAUGGCAGCAUUCCAGUGCCGCCGCCGCCCUCGGGCACACCCAUGAUCAACUCGUCAGUCGCGCACCCAAAUGCACCACCAAACUAUUUUAAUCAGGCCCACGCAUGCAACGGAUCCAGGGACAGCCGCAGCCAAAGCCCCGAACGCAGCAGCAGUAGGCAUAGCUACAGGGGUCACAGGGACACUUCGUCACACAGAGCGCCCUUGUCUGGCCGUGAUGACACAGGCAUGUUUGAUAUUAAUCCCGAACCCACUCCUGAUUACCCGGUAUCCGGUAAGGUAAGCGAUAACGUGACUGGCACAAAGGAGGCAAUUGACUACCAGCCCCCACCAAUGGAAAACGACGGCUCUAGUGGGAGAAGCGCCAGAGAUGAGAGCCGCACUGGUGAUAGGCACCGUGGCCACCGCGAUAGCAGUGGCAGUGGCAGCCGCAGCCGCAGCCGCAGCAGACGGGAUUAUGGCAAUGCCAGCCGCAGCCGCAAUGGUGACUAUAACCGUACGCGCGAUCGUGAUGCCGACCGUGAUGACAGCCGCUACCGCAGCCGCGACCGUGCCCAAGGUCGCGGUAAUGAUCAGGAUCAGCGGCGCGAGCGCCGCGAGCGCCGCCGGGACGACAGUCGUGACACAAGAGCGGGCAGAGGCCGCAGCGAUGACAAGGACGACUAUGACUCUAGACGCAGACAGCAUGACAGGCGUGAUAGAGGUCGCAAUGGAUCCGAUAAGCGGAGUAGGAGCCCAGCGCCGCCUGUAUCCAGCAAGCGCUUGUCGCACGAAUCAAGCUUGGGCAACAGCAGGGGCUCGCGUGGAGGAGAUAGCGGGAGAAAGGGAGACGGCGCCGGUGACGGACAUGACGGCCCAAAGAACUCGGGGUUGGCUAUUCGAGGGCAAUCCACAGCCAAUGAAUCAAAGUCUGAGUCAAAGCCACGGAACAUCCUGGAUCGCAUUCGUGAUGAUCGCCCGUCGACAACACAGAAGGAUGAUAGCCGCGGCAGAGGCAGGCGCCGCAACCGUCGCCGCUAA